AUGGCGCCGCGCUUCACGUCCUUCAAGUCCGUGUGGAACAAGGUGAUGCAGAAGAACGAUAUUGAGAAUGCAGUGUCACCGGAGAAGCCUGUAGCGCCGAAGCGGACUCCUCUGCAGCUUAGCACGUCGAAUGCGGCGUUGUCAAGCUCUUCGUCGUCGACCAUACGGUCGCAGUCACACAGGGGUGGCACAAGGUUCCAAUCGACGCUGUCAGAGGAGGGAGAGGGCUCAACUCCAUCGCUAAGCGCCCCAAACAGCUAUGAAGAGCCUGCUGCCUCAGACACAUCGUGCCGUUCGGCUGCAUACGGCGGGGGUGCUGCCAGCGCGGCAAAUAACGGCCCGCAUGGCAGCAAGACACCACGUGCUACCGGCUCUGAUCCCAACCAUCCUAUUGGCAAUUCUACAUCAUUGCCCAACUCACGUGGCACUGCGGACAGCUGUGGAGAUCGCACGCCUUUCGACGUAUCGCAGCCAAGAAACACUGGCCCAAGCCAGCUGACGCCACUAGGGGCUCAUCAAGCCGUAUCUCAGGGAAUUAAGCAUGGAACCAAUCCUAUUGCACCACAAGGAAUGCAACAAAAUAUUCCACCCGACCUUCUUUCGGCGAUGGACGUGGACAUACACAACUCUCCACUACGCCAAGCCCCGCUCGAUAUGCGCCAAGGCAUCCAGCCACAGCCGUUCCAACACAGCGACCAGCUCGGUAUAACUCAAACGCAUCUGUACCAACAAUCGCAGGUCAUGCAGCCGGCUGUUCAAUCACAGUUUCAGCAGGCCAUGACGCACGUUAUGCAGCGCGAGUUGCACGACGAACUUGCAGGCUUUGAUGACCCCCUAGACGCGGGGAUGUUCCGCGCGCUGAUUUUCACCGACAGUCACCUGGGUCACAAGGAGUCAGACUCCAUCCGUGGAAACGACGCCUUCAACACGUUUGAGGAGGCAUUGUUUCUGGCGAAGCACCUCUGCGUUGACGCUAUAUUCCACUCAGGCGAUUUGUUCGACGAUUCGCACCCGUCACGCGGGGUGAUGUACCGUGCCAUGGAGUUGCUUAGGCGGUACUGCCGCCGCGGCGAUGGCGUCGGCGAGGGGGCGGCCAGCACGCUGGGGAUAGAGAUCCCCAAAAGCUGCAGACCCCGUAACGAGGACCAAAGGAGGGCAGCGCUAAAAGGCAUGGACAUGCCGAUUUCACGAGAGCGAAGGAUACCAUUUUUUGUAAUCCACGGGAAUCAUGACAACCCAACUGCAGUAAAUGGGCUCUCUCCCAUAGAUUUGUUGGACGUCUCAGGGCUGGUCACCUUUCUGGGCACCGCGAAUGACAUGAAAAAGGUCGAGUUGCACCCGAUCCUGAUCAGCAAGGAAAAUAUUAAAGUGGCUCUGUACGGUUUGGGUUGGGUGAAGGACGAAUGCCUGUAUGAGGCCUUCGAGAGUGGCCGCGUGCAUUUCGUUCCCCCGGACGAAUCACAGCACCAUUGGUACAAGAUCCUGCUUUUCCACCAAAAUCGCUAUGCUCGCAGAGGAAAGGGCGUGAAAGACUACAUACCGGAUUCUUUCCUUCCCGGAUGGCUGGACCUGGUGAUUUGGGGCCACGAACACGAAUGCCUCAAGUUUCCUCAGAGAAGCGAAUCGCGGGAUUUCCAAGUAUUGCAGCUGGGGUCUACGGUGCAUACAUCGAUGGCUCAAGCGGAAAUGGCGCCCAAGCAUUGCUGCCUCAUGGAGUUGGGCCCCGAUGAUGUAAAAUUUUAUCCCAUCACCCUGGAGUCCGCGAGGCAACUACACUACAGCGAUAUCAACCUCUCUCAACUGGCCAUCGCAAACGGAGGCGAAAAGGAGAUAUGGUCCAGGCUCUCGGUGAUGGUGGAGCACGUCCUACGCGCUAUGCGCAACAGGCCCAAGACCGCACUGCGUGCAUCUGAAAUAGCCAAUAUAGUGUUACCGCGAAAUGCCAAAUUCAAGUUGGAAAAGGCCAUCCAGGAUGCCGAGAGGCUGCCUCUGGUGAGGUUACGGGUGGAGCAUACUGGGUUCGACUCCAUCAACCCGCGUUCGUUUGGCAACGAUUUCGCCAACAGAGUUGCAAACCCCGCCGACAUGUUGAGGUUCUGGCAGAAGCAAAACAGACAACACCGCCCCGACGAGGGGUCUGAAGAAAGCAGUCCUAAGGACUCAAAAGUGGCCGGCGGCAGCAGCGUCGGCGCUGACGUCAGGAGCCACGUUUUCCCGGUGAUUGAAAACAAGCUCAAGCUCAAAGUCCUUCUGGAACGCGACCUAAACGGCGCCGUGGAGCGUUUUGCCGCCGGCAUGGAGGCGCAAUCUAUAGCUGAUUAUGUGAGGAAAACCGUGGAAGGUAUGCGAAAGACCCUACAGAAGGAGAUGGCUGCGCAUAUUGGUGAGCAGCUGUCUGAUGACGUGUAUGGGGAGCUGGUUGAGCGUGCAGCGGUGGCGCAUACUGAAUCCGUCCGUUCGUCACAGGGCCUCAAUACAUCACACACGAGCACCUACGUGCCAUUAAACAGAUCACUAUCAAACGCGCAAUCUGAUGACCCUAAGACCGUAACAAAAGUGCAACAAUCUGACGAGGUCCCACCGCUCAAUAACUCCACCGGUAUUGGGGAUACGGUGAUGGCGAGCAAUUCUGACAACGGUAAAAGUCGCGAUGCACUCAAAGGAUCGGGAGUGUUGAACGUAAGCCAGUCCAGCAAUGCCUCCUUGGGACUAAGCCGCUAUGCGUUCAAGGGAGCUGCUUCUAAGCUGGGCGCAUCCGCAGGUGUGGCUAUGAGCAGGUCGUUAAACGAGGCUGACUUAGCCAAGGCGAACGCGUCACUGAGUGCAAAAAGCGCAGCCAUUAUGCAUUCACCGGUUCGAAUACAUGGCACCGCUACCACCAAUCCGGCACUAGGAAUAAACAGCGCCCCUAACAGUGUUCCUUCUGCCGACCUGAACGAAUCGGUGGAUUUGGGGUCCUCGAUGUUGGGCAGCGGGGAUGUAAUGUUGGAUUUCUUGGCAGGAGCUUCACCCAGCCUCAACGCUUCGAGGAAUCUGUCCCACUCCGAUUCAGCAGUGCUCCGCACAUCGGGGAAUUCGUCUGUUUUCUCUUCCUUGGGGCACAACCAAACCACCCAAACGAAGAUACUGGAACAUAUGGCCCGUCUGAAGUCCAGGGCCACGUUGACACACGAUGCGACGACUGUUCUCAGGAACCCACCUUCGCACAACAACAAAGAGUACUCAACACCGCUGCGAAAUCCGACGCCGGCGAAGGUGAGCGGGGACCCAAAGCGGGGCCGGCUGAAUCUGUCGGUGAGCCAUGACGUGCUCGACAUAGCUGCCGCGGCUGUAUCACCGAGCAAACGUGCAUGCUUGGGCGAUUCGGGUCGUUUUUCGACAGCGGGAAGCAGCUCAGACUUACCCAACCCUCUGCAGAGCAUGGGUUGCGUUGUGAGCAGCCUGAGCUACGGAGAUGUGAGUCCGGUCAGUCACGACGAGCACCCGCUCAAACUUUCCGACUUCGACGAUCUGGCACUGCCGACAGGCGCUGGUGGCCUGGACCGUACGUGCGGCAACGGCGUCGCUGCGGAGCGCAGCAACAUCACUGUGACACCGUCUGCUGCCGUUACCUCAGCCACCACUCCACACAAGUCUGCAAGUGGCAAGUCGCCACUUGGAGGGGAUGAACUCUCGCCAGAUAAGUCGCCGAAAUCCGCGGAGCCUGACGCGCAGGACGACGCGAACGAAGCAUCGAGCCAACGCAGCUACUCUCAAGGAUUCCGGAACACCCUCAUAUCGAUGUUUUUCAAGAAGAAGUGA